AUGCUGGAUCCAAAAGCUUAUUUUGCCCAAUGGCAAGCCGCAACUCAGGCAGCUGCAGCAGCACCACAGCCAAGCUCUGAUGAUGCUGAACACGAUGCAGUCAUUCACCAGGUGGCGUCUCUUUCCGCUGUGCGGUGUGCAGCUCACGUCAAGGAGAAGGGGCAAAACUUUACGUCAUUGGUCGCCAUCGAGGCCUUGUGCACGAUGGCUACAAAGAGCUCCUACAAGCUUAGAGAGGAUUUGUUCAAGCAGCCACACGUCAAAGCCCUCUGCAAGAGAAUACAGGAGCUCCUUCACCAACCUCCGCCCGCUCUUGACCUGCGAGACCUGUCACGCGCGGCAGAGGCCUUGGCCAAAUUCCCUGAAGAAGCGCGAGGCAACGCAGCGAUGAGCAUGGGAGCCAUUGCCAAUUCUAUGAGUCAACUUAAUACAAGCGCCUGGAGCGCUGACACAGCCUCCAAACUCCUCUGGUCUAUGGCCAGAUGCGGCAACGGCGAGGAAAUCCAGAAGAACAAGCAAGUCGUAACUCACGUUGUCAAGGAACUGGUACGUGACAAAGGGCGACGUAUCCAAGAGCUGUCCUACGAUGGACUCGCGCACCUUCUUUGGGCCGUCUCCAGAGCUCGCAUCCACAAGCGCGGUGUGGACAGACAGACUGUCCACAUGCAGGACAGUGACAGCUUUCUGUUCCAGCUUGCAUCCAGACGCAUAGUCGACGAGAUUGAGCGAAUCCCUGUGACGCUUCUGGCAGAUGUGGUGCAUAUCCACAAUGAAAUUGGCAUUAAGAAUGAGAGGCUCUUCAGAGCCAUCUGCCCGAAGAUCGUGUCAAAACAGAAAGAGCUUCGAGAUGAUCAGAUGUCGAAGUGCAUCAAGGCCUAUACCCGCUUCAUGAUCCCACUGAAGGAGGAAGCUCAAGGAUUCAGGACGAUGGCAGUUGUCCAGAAGGGCGAUUUCCUCAGGCCGUCGGACAAGCCGAAGCCACAAGGCAAGAAAACGUUCGACAAGCCGCAGGCACUGUAUCCUGCAACCCAGCUGCACGCAAAGUAG